AUGAGCACCCGGACGCCCCAGUGUUGCCGGGAGGCCCCGGUGCCGGCGGGCGCCGCGGGCGCUGCGCCGUUCCGCAGGGGCGUGUGCACCCAGGCCCCCUGCUACUGCAUCAUCAUGGAGUUCUGCGCCCAGGGGCAGCUCUACGAGGUGCUGCGCGCCGGCCGCAAGGUCACCCCCUCGCUCCUCGUCGACUGGUCCAUGGGCAUCGCGGGCGGCAUGAACUACCUGCACCUGCACAAGAUCAUCCACCGCGACCUCAAGUCGCCCAACAUGCUCAUCACCUACGACGACGUGGUGAAGAUCUCGGACUUCGGCACCUCCAAGGAGCUCAUCGACAAGAGCACCAAGAUGUCCUUCGCGGGCACCGUGGCCUGGAUGGCCCCCGAGGUCAUCCGCAAUGAGCCCGUCUCCGAGAAGGUCGACAUCUGGUCCUUCGGGGUGGUGCUGUGGGAGCUGCUCACGGGGGAGAUCCCCUACAAGGACGUGGACUCGUCGGCCAUCAUCUGGGGGGUGGGCAGCAACAGCCUCCACCUGCCCGUGCCCUCCGGCUGCCCCGAUGGCUUCAAGGUGCUGCUGCGACAGUGCUGGAACAGCAAGCCCCGGAACCGGCCCUCCUUCCGCCAGAUCCUGCUGCACCUGGACAUCGCGUCGGCCGACGUCCUCUCCACCCCGCAGGAGACCUACUUCAAAUCCCAGGGUGUAGCCGAGUGUAGCUGGUGCCCGGUGUAG